CAAUGCCCCAGUAGUCGAGUUGGCUAAGAUACUCUUCUCGGAAAGUUGAGAGGUCCUAGGAUAUCAGGUCCAACUUCAGUUAAUAUAAUAGAUAACGAAAGCAGUUCAGAUGAUGACAUGGAUGCAAACAAGGAUAUAACUCUAAGAAAAACGAAACGUCAAGAAGCUUCAUCUAAUUCAACAAAUUUAUCUGACAAUUUGUAUGAAUGUGCAGAAGGAACAGAAGCAAUUAAUGAGGCAACAACAUACAAUUUAAUCCCAAUCCGUCGCUGGAUGCGUGAACAUUACACAAGGUUGACAGGGAAUGCCAGAGCAACAUGCAAUCAUUGUGACGUAAAAUUUAAUAUAGAUAUAAACUACUUACUACCUUUUCAUAAGCACUUGGUUAAAACACAUCCAGACAAAUUAAUAGAAGAAGAGAAGAAUGAAGUGCAAUUCCAUUGGGUUUGGGAUUAUUAUAUCGUGAAAAACGAGAGACAAGCAACAUGCAAACGAUGCACAUCAAUAAUUAUAUGCGACACAGCUGCUUUAAAGAAACACUUAAAAAGAAUGCACAAGAUAUCAGUUCCUUCAGAUAAUGUAACAGAUAACGAAAUCAAUUCAGAUGAUGAAAGGGAUGCAAACAAGGAUAUAACUCUAAGAAAAGCAAAACGUCAAGAAGCUUCAUCUAAUUUAACAAACUUAUCUGACAGUUUAAACGAAUAUACAGAAGGAAUAAAAGGACUUAAUGAGGAAGCACAAAACAAUUUGGUCCCAGUUCGGCUCUGGAUACGUGGACAUUACACAGAAUUGACAAGGACUAACGAAACAAAAUGCAUUCAUUGUAAUGUAAUAUUCCCCAUAUAUAUGAACAAAUUAGAUACUUUACACAAGCACUUGGUAGAGACACAUUCAGACAAAUUAGCAGAAGAACAGAAGAAAGAAAUUAAAUUCCAUUGGAUUUGGGAUUAUUAUAUUGAAAAAAACGAUAGACAUGCAACAUGCAAACGAUGCAAAAGAAUAAUCAUGUACAACUCAACAAGUGAUUUAGGAAGACACUUAAAAGAAACACACAAGAUAUCAGGUCCAACUUCAGAUAAUGUAAUAGAUAACGAAGAAAGCAGUUUAGAUGAUGACAUGGAUAUAACUCUAAGAAAAGCGAAACAUCAAGAAGCUUCAUCUAAUUCAACAAAUUUAUCUGACAAUUUGUACGAAUAUGCAGAAGGAACAGAAGCAAUAAUUAACGAAGAAGCAGCAGACAAUUUUAUUCCAGUUCGUUGCUGGAUACGUGAACAUUACACAAAAUUAACAAGAAGUAAUGAAGCAACAUGCAAUCACUGUAAUGCAAAAUUCGUUAUACAUAUAUCUAACUUAAUUAUUUUACAUAAGCAUUUGGUAGAAGCACAUCCAGACAAAUUAGCAAAAGAACAGAAGAAUGAAAUUAAAUUCCAUUGGAUUUGGGACCAUUAUAUCGCAAAAAGCGAUAGAGAAGCAUCAUGCAACCGAUGCAAAACAAUAGUCAUAUGCGACAUAACUGCUUUGAAAAAACACUUAAGAAGAAUUCACAAUUGGCCCUGGGACUAUUUUACUUUAAAAGACUGUAUGUCAAUAUGCAAAAUAUGUAAAGCAGCAAUUAGGAGCAGAGAUGUAACUCAAUUUAAAGGACACUUAAAAAAAUAUCACAAGAUAUUCGGUCCCGGUUCAGAUAAUGACAUAGAUAACGAGAACAAUUCGGAUAAUUAUAUGGAUGCAGAUACGACUGUAAAAAAUGCAAAACAUCAAGAAGACUUAUCUAACUCAACAGAAACUUAUGACAUAGCUCGUAAAAUGGAGAAAGAGGCAACUAAUGUUUCUACAAAUGAAGGACGAUUUCAAGCAUUGAGUCAAAAUUGUUUGACAACACCCAAAAAGAGAAUGAUCAAAAAAUUUCUUGAAGAAAUUAAAGAAGCUGCCAACAUUACACAUGUUACGAAGAAAUUAAAGAGCGUGCCAUCGCCACCUUCAAAUUAUAAAGUUAAUAAUAAAAAUAACCUGACAUCUGUGCAUCUGUCUACUUCAACGAGUAAUAUUGAUUAUGACACAGAAUCUAAUGAAUUUGUAAAAAAAAAAAAUUCUGUGCCAAUUUCUUCGUCCACUCAUAUGGACUCAUCUAAUGUGUCUGCAUCCGUAUAUCGUUUUACUUCCACUGCAAAGAGUAACAUGGGCAUCAAUGAUAAAGUAAAUGAAUAUGUACGUAAUAAUACAAGCACUGACAACUUUGAACAAGAUGAUAUACGUAAUAAUAUAAGCACUGCCAACUCUAAAGAAGUAGAUGAUGUUUCACGUGUACGUAAUGAAAACUUCUUGGAAAAAAAUGUUAGAGUGGAAGACAAUACUGAGUAUGCAAAGAGUAAUACGGAUAUCAAUAAUAAAGUAAAUGAAUUUCUAAAAAAGGCAAAUUCUGUGCUAAUUUCUUCGUCCACUCAUAUGGACUCACCUGUGUCUGCAUCCGUGUAUCGUUCCACUUCCACUGCAAAGAGUAACAUAGACAGCAGUGAUAAAGUAAAUGAAUAUGUACGUAAUAAUACAUGCACUGACAACUUUGAACAAGAUGAUACACGUAAUAAUAUAAGCACUGACAACUCUGAAGAAGUAGUUGAUGUUUCACGUGUACGUAAUGAAAACUUCUUGGAAGACAAUGUUAGAGUGGAAGACAAUACUGAGUUUGAAUCACAAUCUACAAGAGGUAUAAACGGAGAGCAAAAGAUGCUAUUCUGGCCAUUGUAUAUGUAUUGGCCUCCCUCAAUAUCUCCGCUAUUAUAUGUAGCGAAUCCUAAUGUCGGAAUACGCGGCGGUCAUAGCGCCAUCAGGGAUGAGUCCCAAAACUGGACUAUAUCAACUCCGAGUAUCUUUUAUCCUUGUUCAACAUUCAGUGAACACAAGGACAAAAUGAUACUUGAGUUGACAAAAGUCGAGUUUUGGAACGCAUCCUAG